AUGUACAUUAUUUUUGUCUCAGAUUACGAGACGUUCAAUUUCAUAGUCGUCGGUGGAGGGUCUGCAGGAAGUGUGGUAGCUAGUCGUCUUAGUGAAGUAACGCAUUGGAAUGUAUUACUUUUGGAAGCAGGUCUAAAUCCACCUAUAGAAUCUGAUAUACCUGGACUACGUACUGAACUUAUUGGCUCCAGCUAUGAUUGGCAAUAUGCAACUGAAAAUGAUGGUAUAAAUCAUCAAGCAUUAAAAAAUGGUUCUGUGCCCUGGCCACGAGGAAAAAUGCUUGGCGGAUGCAGUUCGAUCAAUGAAAUGAUAUACGUAAGAGGAAGACACUGUGACUUCAAAAUUUGGGAAGAAGAAGGAAAUCCUAGUUGGACAUCGGAAAACAUUAAUUAUUACUUUAAAAAGGCAGAAAAUUUGCAAGAUUUGAAUUUAUUGCAAGAUCCAGAUUUACGAGAUUUUUAUGGGCGGGAGGGCCAUUUAGUCAUAAACACAUUUAACAGUACAUACAGAGAUAUCACUGAGAAGGUUUUAGAUUCUUGGGAUCACCUUGGAUUUAAAAAAGUGAAAGAUAUUAAUUUGGCACAAAUUGAUGGCUAUGGUGUUUCAGGAAUAUCAAGAGCAACUGCUGCAAAAGGUGAAAGAUAUAAUACAUAUAAAGCCUAUAUAAAAACCGCUAAGCACAAAGAUAAUUUAAAAGUGAUCAUUGGUGCUUUCGUAACCAAAAUUCUAAUUAAUGAUAAUAAAGAAGCAUAUGGAGUCGAAGUAGAUAUAAAUGGAGAACGGAAAACGUUUUUUGCAAGUCAUGAAGUUAUUAUUAGCAGUGGGGCUAUAAAUACACCACAGUUAUUAAUGCUUUCAGGUAUAGGUCCUAAUGAGCAUUUGGUAUCUCAAAAUAUUCCUUGUAAAAUCAACUUACCUGCUGUCGGCAAAAACUUACAAGAUCAUAAUUACAUUCCUAUUCUGAUUUAUGGAGAUGAACCUGGAGAAGAAAAGCAAGAAGCUCAGAUGUUCGAAGUCGCAAAAUAUAUGUAUAAUAAAAGCGGAUACCUUGCACAUAACAGCUUUAGUGAUAUAACUUCAUUUUACUCUCGCAAUGAAAAUAUGGAAUGUCCUGAAUUUCAAAAUCAUUUUUUACUUUUAAGGAAAAAUUCUACUAAUGCUAAAAAUAUUUUUUUAGCUUAUAAGGAAGAAAUUGUGGAUUCGUUUUUGGAACACAUUUUUAAAAAGUCAUUAUAUGUCUUUGUCGUUAUCCAUUUACAUCCAUUUUCUAGGGGAUCAAUACGUUUAAAAUCCUCCAAUCCUUAUGAUAAGCCAAUAAUUAAUUAUAGUUACUUUAAAGAUGAAAGAGACGUACAGGCCACAGCAGAAGGCAUAAAAAUGCUAACUAAAAUAGUAGAGACAUCGUAUUUUAAAUCAAUAAACGCAUACGUUCAUAGGCCUAACAUAUCGCAAUGUAAUGAUUAUAAUUUUGAAAGCGAUAAUUAUUGGAAAUGCUAUUUAAGAAAUGUCGGCGUAACGCUAUAUCAUCCUGUAGGUACUGCAAAAAUGGGACCAAACCCAGAAAAUGCAGUAGUGGAUAAUUUCUUAAGAGUACACAAAGCUAAAAAAUUACGUGUUAUAGAUGCAAGCGUGAUGCCUACCCUCACUAGUGGAAACACGAAUGGCCCAACGAUUAUGAUUGCUGAAAUGGGCUCCGAUAUGAUUAAACGUGAACACCUUGGAGGAAAUAUU